GACACCUUCCCCUGGUUCUGCCCAGGGACACCUUCCCCUGGGUCUGUCCUGGGACACUCCUGCUCUGCAGGCACCCAGCAGAGUGCUCAGAGAGAGCAGGGUGCUGCCCGUGCUGUGCUGGGAUCUGAUGGGAUCUGUGCUGGGAUCUGUUGGGAUCUGUGCUGGGAUCUGUUGGGAUCUGUGCUGGGAUCUGCUGGGAUCUGUGUGGGAUCUGCUGGGAUCUGCUGGGAUCUGGCUGGCCAGAAGGUGACAGAACAAGGACCCUUGUGGAGUCUCAGCUGAGCAGCAAACAGGGCAGGCUGUGGAGCUGCAGCCUGAGCUGCUCCAUCUCACCAGCUCUGCCAGGGAAGCUCAGUGAUCCCUUCCAGAGGAUUCCUCAAGGUCUAAACCAAGCUGGAGCCGUGUUUGGGUUCUUUCCCUGUCCCUUGUCAUUGCAGGCUCUCUGUUUCCCACUGCUCAGUGAACAAUGCCCUGCCUUUGGCCGCUGUGACAGCAAACCAUGGCAUUACUGGUGUGUUCCUGACGCUGCUCAGCAAUGUUUUUGUGGGGAGAACAGCCUCCACUUCCUAGCAUUUCAUUACCCAAGAAUUUCCUCUGCCCUGACUUGCUUUCUCUCUUCUAGCAGCAAGAAUGCUGUGAGGCACAGAAAGCCAAAACAGAAAUCUCACAAGGAGUCUCUAUCUAGUCCUGGUGAGCAGCAGUGAACACCCACAGAUGGGUGAUUUUCAUCUGUUUUCAGUGAGCAGCAAGAAGUGCAGCCCCCAUGUCACUGCAGCACCACCUCUCCUCCCCAGAGCAUUUCCCCACUGUAUCUCCUGUUCACUAUGGAAACCACCCCAAAAGUCCAGUUCCAGAGGCCUGGAAACAUGCCAAACAUUCCCAAAAGAAUGGAGACAGACCGGGGAGGUGCAGGAAGGCAAGUUUAGCAUCAGGUUAUGGCAGUGCAGCUCCGUGUGUCCUGCCUGACCUGCACAGAUCCAUGUGCAGUGCAUGAACUCCAUAAACUGCAUCAAAACUGCCCUCAAAUGAGACCUGAGCUGUCUGUGGAUGAGGGAAGGUGGCUCUCCAGUGUGUGGGCACGUUCCCUGGGUUUGAUGUGCCAGCCCCUCCGUCUUCCCUCGCUCUGAAGGGAAAACCUUCAUCCCGAGCACCCUUAAAUAAACUUGCAGCAGGGUUACAUGGACACGCUCGAGUGGUGUUUGGGAGGUUUCAGGCUUCAUGGGGCAGAAGGAAUGGCUGAAGAGAUCCCUGUGUGAAGGACAAUAUACACUGUCAGUGCUGUCCAGGUGGGCUGUGAGGAUAAAGCCUGUCCAGCUGGGUGUCCUGCUCUUUUGCAGAUGUCGGGGAGCCAGCCGCAGGUGGCAAGAGGCGCGCCUUGCCUGCGCUGCAGAGGGCUGUGCACGGGCUUCGAGCCACACUCCUGGAGGAAGAUGUGCAAGUCGUGCAAGUGCAGCCAGGAGGAGCACGGCCUGAGCUCGGAGCUGGACGAUGACCGCAAGAUCGGCCGCCUGCUCUCCGCCUCCAAGUACUCCUCGCUCACCGCCCGGCUCAAGGGCGGCGACGGCGGCCGCAUCUACAAGAGGAACCGCAUGAUCGUCACCAACCCCAACAUCUCGGGCAAGGACCCCACCUUCGACACCAUCACCUACGAGUGGGCUCCCCCAGGCCUCACCCAGAAACUGGCCAUGCAGUACAUGGAGCUGGUCCCCAAGGAGCUGCAGCCCGUGGCGGGCACGGACGGCGCCCUGCACCGGCGGCGGCGGCUGGCACGGCAGCUCCCGCUGCACGACCAGGACCCGGCCCAGUGCCGCGGCCUCGCCGAGGGCGAGCAGCAGCUGAUGGAGGACUUCGUCAGCAAGUACAAGGCCGAGGCGCUGGGAGUCGGGGAGGUGGCGCUGCCGGGCCAGGGCGGCGGUGGGAAGGAGGAGGAGAAACCCCAGGACAAGAACAUCGACCCCAACAGAGCCCCCGAGUCACCCAACGGGGCCCUGGAGAGCGAGCCCAGGGCUGGGCACUACAUUAUCUUCUCGGAGGACUACCAGCGGGUGGAAGGGCUGGCCUGGCACAAGAAGCACUUUGCCUGCCUGGAGUGCGAGACGCUGCUGACGGGCAAACCCUUCGCCCUGGCCAACUCCAGCCUCCUGUGCACCACCUGCAGCCAGAGCAGGGUCUGAGCCCCUCGGGCUCCCCGAGGUCCCACCAGGACUGGGGGCAUUUGGAAACACGGGAGAAGGGGAAGGUUAAAACUUCAAGAGUUCUGACUAUUCACUUGCAAGCAGCUCCGUGUCCCCUUGCAUCCAGCACAGCCUGAGGAAGGAAUUUCCCCGGGGUCCUCUGGGAUCUGCCAGGGAGCCCUUGUGCCCACGGGUGGGAGGAGCACGGUGUACCUGGCCAGGAGGAACUGGAAAGGAGGGGCUGGGCUCCACUGGCUUCCAUCAAGUCUGUCCAACCUUCUUAUGACUUAAGAUCCUGCAAUAGUCCUUUGGAAAUAACCCAUCUCAACAGUAACUUCUGGCAUACUAAACCUACAGUUGUGGUCAAAAACAAGGGCUGUUUGUGGUUUGUAAAUCUUUCCUGGAAUUAGGCUGACAGGCUGCUGCCACUGUGCCAAGGCAGUGGGCUUGAGGAAUUUGAUCAAUUUGCUGAAAGCAAAUGAUAGAAAAUUGCAGCUACACACGGCUGGGGCUUUGUCCUGUGCAAAAGCAACAGGGCAAGGGGUUCACCCUGGUGAGAGGGACAGGCUCUGCCUGGUCAGAGACUGACUCAGCCCAUGGAGCUGCCACCUGGAACUGGAAUGGAAAGAAUAUUCUGGAAAACA